UCAUGGCUAGUUCUAGAGUGGCUCAGGGUUGGGUCUGAUCUGGUUCAGAAGCUGAACUGGCUACGGCCAGGUCUAGUAAGGACUCAAUUGACUGAUUCUAUAAAAAAAUGUAUUUGUAUCUGUCAAUUAUGUUGAAAAGACAGUGACGAUUAGACGUUAAGGCCAUAUAAACCAUUUCCAGCUUCCACUUGUGAUGAAACUCCAUUAAGGCAUAGAAGGUUCAGGCCAGGAAUGGCAAUGGAAAACGGAUCAAAGAGAUGGGGUUUUCAGUCCAACAAGGGCUUGAACACUGCGCCUUCUAUAAGAGUACGAGGAGUUAUCAACGCUUUAAUGGAGUAUCUCAACAAACAAGACGAAAGGCCACUUAUUCCUCUGGGUAACGGCGACCCUUCUGCCUUCCCAUGCUUCCGUACCACUUCUGUUGCUGAAGAUGCCGUUGUCCACGCCUUAAAAUCCGCCAAAUACAACUGUUAUGCUCCAAGUGGUGGUAUUCUUCCCGCCAGGAGGGCUAUUGCAGAUCACCUUAGUCGUGAUCUCCCAUACAAGUUAUCAGCAGAUGAUGUUUUUGUUACACUUGGAUGCAUACAUGCUAUUGAAGUCACAUUAAGAGCACUUGGCCGACCUGGCACUAACAUUUUGCUUCCAAGACCAGGUUUCCCAUACUAUGAAGCUGUUGCUCCACAAACUUGUCUUGAGGUUCGCCAUUUUGAUGUUCUACCAGAAAAAGGCUGGGAGGUUGAUCUUGAAGCUGUUGAGGCUCUGGCAGAUGAGAACACUGUUGCCAUGGUUAUCAUAAACUCUGGAAAUCCUUGUGGAAAUGUCUACAGCUACGAACAUUUAAAGGAAAUUGCAGAGACAGCUAGAAAGCUUGGAAUUAUGGUGAUUGCUGAUGAAGUAUAUGGGCAUCUUACAUUUGGGAGUACCCCAUAUGUGCCAAUGGGAGUUUUUGGGUCAAUUGUGCCUGUCCUUUCGCUUGGAUCUAUGUCAAAGAGAUGGCUUGUUCCUGGCUGGAGAAUUGGUUGGCUUGUUGCUAUUGAUCCCAAUGGAAUUCUUAAAAGAUCUGGGGUUGUUGAUUCAAUAUGUAGCUGUCUCGACCUCUCCUCAAAUCCUGCAACCUUCAUUCAGGGCGCAAUUCCAGAAAUCCUCGAGAACACGAAGAAGGAUUUUUUUUUGAAAAUUAUUAACUUAUUGAGAGAGGCUGUAGACAUAUGCUAUGACAGAAUUCAGGACAAUCCAUACAUUACUUGCACAAAGAAACCAGAAGGUUCUAUGUUUCUGAUGGCAAAACUGAAUUCGUCACUAUUGGAAGGCAUCAAGGAUGAUAUGGACUUCUGUCUCAAGCUGGCUAAAGAGGAAUCAGUCAUAGUUCUACCUGGGAUUGCUGUAGGAAUGAAGAAUUGGAUUCGCAUAAGUUUUGCCAUUGAACCAUCAGCGCUUGAAGAUGGUCUUGGAAGGAUAAAGUCUUUCUGUGAAAGGCAUGCCAAGAAGCAAUAAGGAUUACACCACGACAUGUAGCAGAGUGAUCAGAUCAACAGUAUGGCGUUGAUCCUAAGUCUCAAACUGUAGUCUGUUUAAGCAAUAAAUGUAUUAAAAUAUGAGAAAGUGUGCUUGGAGAUCAACAACUUCGCGUUGGAUCUCAAGGAAAGUCUAAACCCAAGAACUGAAGGGUCAUUGCAUGUCUGUUUGGUUAGCUUGUUAAUUAUUUUCAAUGACAAAAACAAUAUUAGCAAAUUAAACAAAAUUUUCUUUCA